CCUGCAAGCUCACGUUGAGGGAGUUGGAGCAUCCCAGGGGUGGACGGGGCAGCGAGGAACAUGCGUUCGCGGGUGCGUUUGCGCCCAUGGCCCACCCAUCCCCGUCGCUGUCCGGGGUCUUCGCCAUCCUGAGAACUGUGGGCGAACAGCGGCUCUUGCAUCUGAAACACAAGCUGAAGAGUUUGCGCACCAACUGCCCGCGGGCUGACCUGCUCCUGGCCCUGGUGCUCCUGCAGCUGGGCCAGGACACCCAGGCCCGGGCCUGCCUGGAUGCGCUGAGGGCCGACAAGGUGGCGCAGCUGAUGGCGCACCAGUGGGCCAGCAAGGACGGGUCCCCAGUGCCCGAUGAGCCCCCUGAGGUCUCGUGGGCCGUGGCCCAGCUCUACCACCUGCUGGCAGAGGAGAAUCUCUGCUCGGUGCCCAUGCGGGAUGCCGCCUACCAGGCCGCACUGCACCGUCUGCGUUCUGGGCACCACCCCCAGCUGCGGGAGCUCCAGGAGGAGGCGCGGGCCCACUGUGGCUGGGAUCUCACCGGGGACCUGGAGACCUUGCAGCCCCUGCGCUCAGACCUGGGCCACCUGCCCUCUUCCUCGCCUUCGCCACCCUCCAGGACGUGCAGCCCGGCACAGCCCAUCGAGGGCCCACCGGGCUGGAGCCGUGGACGCUCCCUGAGAUCCACGGGGAGCCCUACUUCCCUGGCCAGCCAGCUGUUGAUCAGCCAGUCCCCUACCCGGCCCUUCUUGAGUCUGCAACGUGGCCCCGUAGGACCUAGCAAGUUGUGCAUGGAACCUGAGCAUGAGCCUGGGCCUGGGCCUGGGCCCACCCAGGAUGGCGGCCAGGUGCCCGAGGAGAUGAGCUGGCCCCCAUCUUCGGAGCCCUCGAGCCCUCCACAGCCAGCCCCCCAACUUCCCGUGGAGGCCCCAGAUGUCAGCCCCACUGUUCCACCGGAGCCCCCAGUCCCAGCCCAUGCAGAGAGCAGCUGGCCUAGCCCUGUGCAAUGCACCGAGGAGCCAGGCUGGGCCCACCAGGCCCCGACCGGAAGCAAACAGCCCCCGACCGGAAGCGAACAACCCCCGACCGGAAGUGUUAAUAUCAGUCCAGACCCAGACCAGAAGUUCGGCCUUAGUCCCAAAGGCGAGACCUGGACCUCCUCGGCUACUCCCGGUGCCCCCCAAACCUCCUCCCCGCCGCCUUCCAGGGAGACCCCAAGCGGGGUUCACCCGUUUCCCUUGACCCCCAGCCCUUCCCUGCCCACUUCGGCGGCCGCCUUGGAGCAGAAGUUCUAUAACUUCGUGGUUCUGCACACACAGGCUGAUGAGCGCGUGGCCCUGCGGGUGCGCCAGCACCUGGAGGACUUGGGGGUGCCGGACGGGGCGACGUUCUGCGAGGACUUCCAGCUGCCCGGGCGCGGGGAGCUGAGCUGCUUGCAGGACGCCAUCGACCACUCGGCCUUCACCGUCCUGCUGCUCACGCCCAGCUUCAACUGCCGCCUGAGCCUGCACCAGGUCAACCGGGCCGUCAUGGGCAGCCUGAGCCGGAGGGGCUGGCACGACAGCGUGGUGCCCUUCCUGCCCCUCGAGAGCUCCCUGGAGCAGCUCGGCCCCGACACGGCCGCGCUGCUCGCCGGCAUGGUGUGGCUGGAGGAGCGCUCGCCCGUCUUCGACAGGAAGGUGGCCCGGACGUUCAAGCCGCAGCUGCUGCUCGCCCGCCGGGCCGAGUGGAGGAAGGAGCAGGAGGCCCGGGCCCUGCGGGAGAGGCACCAGCAGCUCCAGGCGGAGCAGCAGCGGAUCCAGGCCUGGGCCGCCGACUACUCGACCUACUGGCAGAGCUACCAGGCCUUUUGCCAACAGAUGCAGCAGCUGCAGGCGGAUCUGGGAAAAUACAUGACCACCGGGCCUCGGGAUCACCAGAGCGUCCCACCAGCCUUCCCGACCUGGCCUGGCCACCCGGCGCCGCUCCUGCCCCCGUGGCCGCCGGGCAUCCCGCCACCAGCCUUCCCGCAGGCCCCCGCCUUCCAGCCUCACCAGUCUCCGCACCCCACCUUCUCACCAGCGUCACCCCAGAGCCCCGGGCUUCAGCCUCUGAUCAUCCACAAUGCUCAGAUGGUGCAGCUGGGACUGAACAACCACAUGUGGGGCCAGAGAGGGGCCCAGGUCCCCCAGGACAAGAAGCAAGAAGCUGAGUGACUACACGGGGGUUACCCAGAGGGGCCUCAGUCUCAUCUCUUCUUUCCCAAUCUGUAGGGGGAACUCGGGGCUGUUUCAACUUUGAAGGCCAUACGUGGAGAGAACUUUUUCAGGGAAUACUGCGAAAGAAAGCUGAUUUUCUGGGCUUUUCGGGGUGUACAGAUUGGGUGUGGGGCUCACAAAUUCCCAUAUUG